AUGUCAUACGAGCUUUCACGGAGUCUCUUCGCGAAUAUGAAGUUUUUAAGGUUUUCUUUCGAGCUCCAUGAUUUAUUCGGAUUGUGCUUAGCAUUACUCGCUGCAGGCAUAAUUAAUUAUUACUACAAGUAUUACACGAGAGAAAAUCCUCUUCCUGCUCCUUUUCCUCUUCCGUUCGUUGGUCACCUCUUUGAUCAUCUUAUUGCCGGCAAGGAUUAUUAUGAGUAUUGCUGUACUAUACAUUCCAAAUAUGGGCACAUCUUUGAGCAAUGGCAUGGAAGAAAACGUAUUAUAUUUGUUACCAAACCAGAAUAUUUAGAUAUUCUUUUCUCGUCAUCAACUAAAAGUAAAUAUUUGAUUAGAGUCCAUGAUCCCGAAGGUUUAAAGGAUUUAGGAAUUUACGGAACUGGACUUUUAUUAAACCAUGAUAUUGAUAAUUGGAGGUUUAACAGGCAAUUUUUUACUCAGGCAGUACAAACGACAGAUUUCUUAAGGGAAGCCGUGGGUUGCACUCAAGCGGCAUUUAAUGAGAUGAAUGAAUAUAGUAAGUUGACAUUGGGAAAUGAUGUUAUAAUUGAUUUUUCCAAGUUGUCACGUACUAUCACCACGGACGUCAUAUUUCAAAUGAUCACUGGAAAGAAAUUGUGGACCACAGCUUCGUAUUUUUCAACCAUUUCGUCCAAGUCAAAAUUAAUAAAAUUGCAGAAAUUUGAUGAAGAAAAUAUGAAAAAAUCCUCUAAGAUAUCACGAGCAUUUGAAACUUUUCUUAGUGGUAUAUUCUUCUUUAUUGUAUUUCCCAAAUGGAUAAGAAAAUAUCUCCCCAAUUUUAGAGUGGAACAAAAUAAUAUUUUACAAGCGCGUGAUUACCUGUUUAAAGAUUUGAAAGAUAUUAUUCAGGAGAGAAGGAAAGAGAUCGAGGAUACGCCGAAAGAUGAGAGAUUAAAAUAUAAUAUGUUAACUCUAUUAAUUACGGCCAACACAGAUAGGAGCAUCUCUGAUGUGAAAGAUAAAAAUAAUGAAUAUACGGAGCCUUUAACGGAUAAAGAAAUACGUGGAAUUAUUCUAGAGGCCUUAGGAGGUGGAAUUGACACCAGCGCAAGUACAUUUAACUUUGCCAUUUAUUACAUUUCUCGUUACCCGGAUGUCAAAAGUCGAUUAUGCAAAGAAAUCGACGAUUUGUAUACUCAAUGUCAAAACAAGCCGAUUACAUUUGAAGAAUUAUCGUGCUUGACCUAUUGCGAUGCUGUGAUCAAAGAAGUAUCUCGUAUAGCAAAUAUAGUACCUUUUUUAAGCCGCAUUAGCUCUGAGUCGGAUAUAAUCGAAAAUACUAGACAAGACGCGGGCACAAAUUAUAUUAUAUUUACGCCUGGAGUUCAUUUAAGUGAAGAUUAUUGGAAGGAUCCUAAAAAAUUUGAUGUUGAUAGGUUUAUCGAUACCGAUGGACAAAGUCAGCAAAAGAAGCAUAAUUUAUUGGCGUGGGGUGGUGGGCUAAAACAGUGUCCUGGUAGAAAACUAGUAAUGAUCGAGCUGAAAUGCCUGUUAGUAUUGGCAUUCAGGAAUUGGGAUAUCGAGUUGGUAAACCCAAGUUCUUCGUUGGAGU